AGGCCUCUCUGGAAGUUGUCCCGGGUGUUCGCCGCGGGAGCUCCGGGUCGAGAGGACGGGGUGUCGCUGCCGGGAGAUUCCUCCGCUGCCGCCGGCCCCCGGAGCCCAUCCCUUUCCUAACCCAACCCAACCUUUACCCAGUCCCAGCGGCCAACGCCUGUCUCUGCCGCGGAUCCCAGCGUUACCAUGAAUCCUGCCGUCUUCCCAGCCUUCCCCGACUUGAGAUGCUCCCUGCUGCUCCUGAUAACUUGGGUUUUUACUCCUGUAACAACUGAAAUAACAAGUCUUGAUACAGAGAAUAUAGAUGACAUUUUAAGAAAUGCUGAUGUUGCUUUAGUAAAUUUUUAUGCUGACUGGUGUCGUUUCAGCCAGAUGUUGCAUCCAAUUUUUGAGGAAGCUUCCAAUGUUAUUAAGGAAGAAUAUCCAAGUGAAAAUCAAGUAGUGUUUGCCAGAGUUGAUUGUGAUCAGCACUCUGAUAUAGCCCAGAGAUAUAGGAUAAGCAAAUACCCAACCCUCAAAUUGUUUCGUAAUGGGAUGAUGAUGAAGAGAGAAUACAGGGGUCAGCGGUCAGUGAAAGCACUUGCAGAUUACAUCAGGCAACAAAAAAGUGACCCUGUUCAAGAACUGCAUGACUUAGUAGAAAUCACCACUCUUGAUCGCAGCAAAAGAAAUAUUAUUGGCUAUUUUGAGCAGAUGGAUUCAGAACAUUAUAGAGUUUUUCAAAAAGUAGCAAAUAUUUUGCACGAUGAUUGUGCCUUCUUUUCUGCAUUUGGGACUAUUUCAAAACCAGAAAGAUAUAGUGGAGACAAUAUAAUCUACAAACCACCAGGGCAUUCUGCUCCAGAUAUGGUAUACUUGGGCUCUAUGACAAAUUUUGAUGGGAUUUACAAUUGGAUUCAAGAUAAAUGCGUUCCUCUUGUCCGAGAAAUAACCUUUGAAAAUGGAGAGGAAUUGACAGAAGAAGGACUGCCUUUUCUAAUACUCUUCCACAUGAAAGAAGAUACAGAAAGUUUAGAAAUAUUCCAGAAUGAAGUAGCCCGACAAUUAAUAAGUGAAAAAGGUGCAAUAAACUUCUUACAUGCGGACUGUGACAAAUUUAGACAUCCUCUUCUGCACAUACAGAAAACCCCAGCAGAUUGCCCUGUAAUAGCUAUUGACAGUUUUCGGCAUAUGUAUGUGUUUGAAAACUUCAAAGAUAUAUUAAUUCCUGGAAGACUCAAGCAGUUUGUAUUUGACUUACAUUCUGGAAAACUUCACAGAGAAUUCCAUCAUGGUCCUGACCCAACUGACACAGCCCAAGGACAGGACGCCCAGGAUGUAGCAAGUAGUCCCCCCGAGAGCUCUUUCCAGAAACUAGCACCCAGCGAAUAUAGGUAUACUUUAUUGAGAGAUCGAGAUGAGCUUUAAAAACUUGAAAAACAAUUUGACUUUCAAACAGCAGCAUCAACUUACGUGGUGGAAAUAGUAAACCUAUAUUUUCAUAAUUCUGUGUAUUUUUAUUUUGAAUAAACUGAAAGAAGUUU